AUGGUGGAUAUUCGCCUGUUUUUCGCCGGCGGUCCGCCUCCAGCAGAUAAGAAGAGAGCCGCUGCUUCGAAGACUAGCAAGUCAGCAUCUAAGGGAGGAGCUACUUCACAUCCUAAGGAAGAGCCAAUUUCUGUUGAGGAUCAAGAACCUCCGGUCAAGAAACAAAAGCCCGACCCUGAUUCGAAAAGCAAAUACUUUGAACCCAAAAACAAGGGCAAGGAAUUGAAAUCGAGCUCGAAUCCCUCAACACCAAAGAGGAAAGCUGCGAAGACCUCCUACGUGAACUUGGAUUCUGAUUUUGAGGACUCCGAAGAUGAUUUCAAACCCGGAGAUGACCAGGAUGAAGAGGAAGAUGACUUUGAUGAAGGUGACUUUGAUGAGAAUGAUGAAGAAGAGGAACCUGAGCCAAUGGAGGAAGACGAUGAAGAAUUGAGUAUUCAGGAGAUUGUUCCUCCCAAGAAGUCAAGAAAACGGGCUAAAAGCCCCACACCCGUAUCUGCUUCUGCGUCUCCAGUUAAAGCAAAUACUAAAAGGGCCGCAAAGCCAGUAUCUAAAUCCGCUGCCGUGAGUCCCGCAGCCCCAAGCUCAGGAGUUCUGGUUGAAACGAUUCUCGCAGACAUUCCUGAUGCAGAUUUGCCAGAUGCGCCUGAAUCUGAGGGCAAGUUAAAUUACUUUGCAUUGAAGAGCAAGCAAGCUAAUGUGGCACCACCAAUGGGAAUCUCCGAGUUACCGGAAGCCGCUCCAAACUGUCUUGGAGGUUUAACCAUUGUCUUCACAGGAGUGCUUCCAGGUCUUGAUAGAGAUGCUGCUGAGUCGCUUGCAAAGCGAUACGGAGCAAAGGUGACCAAAUCGAUCCUGAAAAAGACUAGUUUAGUGGUUAUUGGUGAAGAGGCUGGCCCUUCGAAGGUCAAGAAAAUCAAGGACUUUGGAAUAAAGGCCAUCCACGAAGACGGUUUCCUCGAUUUAUUGAGGAGAAUGCCAGCUGAUGGUGGAGAUGGAGCCAAUGCUCAAGCCGCGAAGAGGAAGAGAGAAGAAGAAGAACAGUCUAUCAUGGAGCAGGCCAUGGAGGAGGAGAAAGCAGAACAGGAACGUCAGAAGAAGAGGAAACUAGAGGAAGAGAAGAGAAAACAGGAGAUAAAGAAAGAUCCAGGAUCCCGUUCUGUCCCUGCCCCUCCUCCUAGGGAAAUUGCCGACAGCGAAAAAUUGUGGACGGUUAAGUAUGCUCCAACCGAAUAUAGCCACCUUUGCGGAAACAAGGGACAAGUACAAAAGUUAAGAAGUUGGCUCUUGAAUUGGUUUGACAACGCCAAGAAGGACUUUAAGUAUCCUGGUCAGGAUGGCUCUGGAAUUUACAGAGCAGCACUUAUUAGUGGCCCCCCAGGCAUAGGAAAAACCACCGCUGCCCACAUGGUAGCGAAGGAACUUGGAUUCGAUAUUUUGGAGAAAAAUGCAUCUGAUGUCAGGUCUAAGUCGCUUUUGAACAGUUCAGUCAAGUCCGUGCUCAAUAACACCUCUGUGGUAGGUUUCUUCAAGCACAGGGACGAUGCGCACCACGAAGUUAACGAGAAGAGAUUCUGUCUUAUUAUGGACGAAGUCGAUGGUAUGUCUAGUGGAGACCAUGGAGGAGCAGGUGCAUUAUCUGCAUUUUGCAGAAUCACAAAGAUGCCUAUGAUCUUGAUUUGUAAUGAUAAGUCGCUCCCCAAGAUGAGAACAUUUGACAAGGUUACGUAUGACUUACCAUUCAGGCGUCCCUCGGAAACAGAGAUGAGAUCUAGAUUGCUCACCAUUGCUCUUCGAGAGAAACUCAAAUUAGAUCCAACCGUUAUUGGUCAAUUAGCACAAGCCACAGGAAAUGACAUUCGACAGAUCAUCAACUUGAUGUCCACUGUCUCCAAGACUCAGAAAAUGAUUGGUCAUGCGAACACGAAGGAAAUUGCCGAGAGCUGGAAGAAGCAAACAACCCUCAAGCCGUUUGACAUUGCAAUUCGUAUGCUUGCAGGAGGAAUUUUCAACCCCAAUUCAGGCAGUACCUUGAAUGACAAGAUUGACAUGUAUUUCAAUGAUAUUGACUUCACCCCAUUGAUGAUACAGCAAAACUAUCUUUCAACGCGUCCCAGUGGUGUGCUGUCCCCACUUGAACACUUGAAGCGAGUCGCAGAAGCUGCAGAUGACAUCUCACAGUCGGAUCAGAUCAAUUCGUUAAUUCGGUCCAGCGAGCAACAGUGGAGUUUACUUCCUUUCCACGCGGUGAUGUCGACAGUUAAGCCAUCAAUGGAAAUCAAUGGUAGCAUGCAUGGCCGUAUUGAAUUUACAAAAUGGCUUGGCAAUAACUCAAAGGGAAUGAAGUAUCAGCGUAUGCUACAAGAGUUGCAAUAUCACACGCGUAUGCGGACGUCUACGAGUAAAACGGAGUUGCGGAUGGAAUACAUGCCUGUAUUCUCUGAGAAGUUGACUUUUCCGCUUGUCGACUCCGGCGAAGAAGGUAUUCCUGAUGUGGUGGAGACCAUGGACUACUACUACUUAUCUAGGGAAGAUUGGGACAAUAUUAUAGACUUUGGGGUGGGUGCCAACAAGGGCGCGGAGAAUCUUAAGAAGAUUCCUACCAAGGUCAAGACAGCCUUCACUAGGAAAUAUAAUAGUGCGCAACAUCCAGUGGCUAUCUACAAAACUGGCAAUUCUAUCGGAACAGGAAGAGCAAAGAAGGAGAGUGUUGACUUUGAAGGAGUGGUGGAGGAUGACACCGCUAAGGACGAUGAAGAGUCCGAGGCGGUGGAUCCGGAUGCAAUUGAUGCAAAGGACAAACUCAUCAAGGAAGUGAAGCCUAAGAAGAAGGCUGCUUCAAAGAAGGCUGCACCAAAGAAGGCAGCGGCGAAGAAGACUCCAGUGAAAAAGGCACCAAAGAAGCAGUGA